UCUGUCCCUGCGCACUGGAGACUCUCCCCUCGCUACUCCUCUGUGUUUUGGUCUCUGCGCUCACACCUGAAGUGGCGGAGAGUCGGUGGAGCUCGGAUCUGUGCGCGCAGCAGCUCAGCUCCUCCUGUACUGCGACCACAGCAUUUGGAGAACAAGAACGGGAGGAAAACAUCCAGAAGGAGGGAGGAGGAGGAGGGAGAUGCGCGCAUGUGACAGGCUUUGGACAUUUCCAUUUCUACACGGCGGGCAGGGAAUUGAGUCUCUCCGCGGGGAGCUGCGUUUUUAAAAAUCACCAGCGACUGGCGUUUUCAAACAUUGCGCAUCUCCGUCCGCCGCGGAUUGUCACAGCACCAUGCGAGCAGGAGAGACGCACCCUGUGCCAUGCUGAACAACUCCGCGACUCUCCUGCUGGCUCUGACCGCCGCGGCCGUACUUCUCCCGCGAUGCCAGGGCUGGAGCGACGAUGACCUGCUGCUGCCGCCCAUCAACUCCUCCAACAGGUUCCUGGCCAACCUGGAGGUGGACGUGCGCUUCUCCAAGAGGUCCGUGGAGGAGAGCGACGCCUCCUCCCUGCAGACUAUGUCCCAGUGCAACGUGAGCGUCCAGCGGCUGCAGCCCACCUCGCUGGUGGCGCGCUGGGACAGCAGCUUCGGCUACCAGUGCGACGUGCUCAUCUACACCACCAACAACCACGGCAGGGCUUUUUUCUCCGCCUCCUUCAACCGGGCGAUCUCCCCGGUUGUCAUCGAGCACCUCGGGGUCACCGGGGGUCAGCAGGAGCUCCGGCUGUGCGUCGGCUGCGGGAUGUCCCGGUACCGGAGGUUCGGUCAGGGCCGGCUGCGGGGCCAGCAGAGCGGGGAUCAGGUCACUUUCUGCUGCGUGGAUUUCAGCCUCGACGAGCUGAAGGGGGACAAAAGUUGGAGGCUGAACAGAAAACCCAUCGAGUCGACACUUGUGGCUUGUUUCAUGACUUUGGUCAUCAUUGUGUGGAGUGUUGCUGCUCUCAUAUGGCCGGUACCGAUCAUUGCAGGAUUUCUGCCUAAUGGGAUGGAGCAGAGGAGACCGAGAUAAUUGAAAUAAUCAUCAUAAUUAUAGCCUGUGCUGCCUAUACUAUAAUUGUAGCCAUUCAAUUGUUCACAUGAAUGAAUGAUUGCGGAGAACUUUUUGAUCAGAGGCUUUAGUUUGGGGUGUUCUUGAACCCUUCCUCAAGGUAAAGUAUGGAGGAUUAUUCUACUAGCCAAUCUAUACUGGGACCAAUGUGUUUUGUAUACCCGUGUAGGCCUUCCUAUAGAUUAUGUCAGCGUAAACUGUGCAAAACUUUUCUCUAUUUAAACAGUGUUUGUAUAGUUUUUAAUCUUUAUAGAAAGUUUUUUGCCUUAUCACAUGUGUAGGACUUUUGCACUGAAAACGGUGCGUAAAUUGUGCCGUCACAUCCAGUAUACAGUAUCUAACCUAUAGUCAUGCUCAUAUAGAAAUCAGUGUAAUAGGGUAUUUUCCAAUAAAUUCUGACACAUAGAUGUUGUUUAUGACUGAUAUAGAGAGAAUUUCAAUACUUAUAUUGUUAGAUUUCUACUGUCAGGUUCAAUAUAAGUGUUUAUUUGUAUAAAUGUUCCAACAGUUUAAAUGGAAAUAAAAAUCGAUUACAGGCUGUAGCCUAACAGAUUC